CAGAGUCAGGCGUGUAAGCCAGCCGGAGCGGCGGCGGCGGCGGCGGUAGCGGCAGGACCGCCGUGGCGCCGGUAGCAGCGACCCGGAGGGAGCGCGAGGCGACGCUGGCUGCGGGGACCCGGUGACAGCGCAAGAGUGUACUAGAUUUUACAAGUUUGCACCAUGCGUGAGUAUAAGCUAGUCGUUCUUGGCUCCGGAGGAGUUGGAAAAUCUGCUCUGACUGUACAAUUUGUUCAAGGAAUUUUUGUUGAAAAAUAUGAUCCUACGAUAGAAGAUUCUUAUAGAAAGCAAGUUGAAGUAGAUGCACAACAGUGUAUGCUUGAAAUCUUGGAUACUGCAGGAACGGAACAAUUUACAGCAAUGAGGGAUUUGUACAUGAAAAACGGACAAGGCUUUGCCUUAGUUUAUUCCAUCACAGCACAGUCCACAUUUAAUGAUUUACAAGAUCUGAGAGAACAGAUUCUUCGAGUUAAAGACACUGAUGAUGUUCCAAUGAUUCUGGUUGGUAAUAAGUGUGACUUGGAAGAUGAAAGAGUUGUAGGAAAGGAACAAGGUCAAAAUUUAGCAAGACAAUGGAACAACUGUGCAUUCUUAGAAUCCUCUGCAAAAUCAAAAAUAAAUGUUAAUGAGAUCUUUUAUGACCUAGUACGGCAAAUUAACAGAAAGACUCCAGUGCCUGGGAAGGCCCGCAAAAAGUCGUCAUGUCAGCUGCUUUAAUAUACUAAAUGCAUUGUAGCUCUGAG